GUCUCAGUUUGGUUAAAGAAGGAUGUAUGUUCAUUUUUUCUUUCAUAUCUACACGUUUGUAAAAACUAAGGGAAUACAUAUGACCUACCAACAUUAAAAAUAACCACAGCGUGAAUGAAGAGGAGACAGGAAGUAAAGAAGAUAGACAUUUGUCUUUGACAAGUACAACAGAGUUCGCAAGUUGCAGUUAUGACAAGAUGAACAAAAGGCGAUGAUUGAUCACAAAUUAUUCAACAUUUCUCUAUUUUUGUUGCUUCUUUAUUCAGGAGCACUUAGUGAAGAUCUUUCGCUUGCCUUCACUGUCAGAGAUGGAGAUAAAGUCACUUUGCCUUGUAAAAAUCGGUUCAACAUUCAUCACAACUGUGACACUAUCACCUGGAUCUUCAGAGAUUCAAGAGGCACACCAGCAGUAGAGCUGGUUAAUCUUGGACAAAUCAAAGAAGAAGCCAAAUCAGACAGACUGAGUGUUACAGCAGAAUGCUCACUGGUUAUAAAGAAGGUCACAGCUGAGGAUGUUGGUCGUUACACCUGCAGACAGUUUAGAGGUAAUCCAGGGAGACAGCAAGGUCCAGAUGCUGUGGUUUAUCUGUCUGUUGUCGUCAUGACCGAAAAGAAGAACGCUGAUGAGGUGACUUUAAGCUGCUCUGUGUGGACAUUUGAUCGGUGUAGACACAAAGUGAAGUGGAUCCAUAACAGAAGAGAUCUGGAUAGAGAUUACUCAAAUUUAAAAACAUCACAGUCUUCCUGCUCUGCUACUGUGACAUUUCUGAACCUUACAUAUGGUCACAUAUCAAGUUCUGACUUUAAGUGUAGCUUAAAAAGAACAGAAAAUAACAAAGAGCAGCUUUUUACCUUCAGCCAUCAUUCAUCAGGUGAAGAAACAAAUACAGCAACAACAGUUAAAUUAGACACAGUGACUACAAUAAAAGUGCUGGAAAUGGAUGGUUCAACAAACUUACCAGAAAUAUAUGCAGCAGCAACAAUUAAAUUGGAAAUAAUGACUGAAUCUGGCAUUAAAGGAGGUCUGACAACAAAACAGCUGGAAAUCAUGAAUGGUUUGAGAAAAUUACCAGACUGGUCCUGGUACAGGCUUGCCAUUGUGGCCCUGGGUUUAGUAGCACUUAUAGCAGCUGUUGUUGUCGUCAGCAUCUGGAUAAGAGCUGGGAAAAAAGCACAGAUGGAUGAAAACAUGGAACAGAAUUUAAACUCUGCAGUAACUUCGUCUGCUCCAGGAACCAUUCAGGAAUCUGCUGAUCUUCAAGAUGUUGUUCUCUACGCCUCCCUCAGCUACACCGAGACCACCUACAGGUGUCCAGGUCUUCAGGUUCCCUAUAAAGAAGAUGAAGAAGGUGAAGCUUUGACCUACAUUAUAUGUUCAGUCUCUUCUCCUGGACCUGCUCCCAGCAACCUCUAUGCUAGCAUCAACAAACCAAAAGACUAAAAAACAGGAAAAAACACAGAAUCUCUUUUUCUUUGAUAACUUCUUUCUUUCUUUCCAUUCUUGUGUAAUGAAAGACGGUUUCUGUUUUGCUAAAGUUCCCAGGAUUUAACAACAGUGAUAAUAUAAUCUGUAUUUUAAUUUUUAAUUUCUAACCCAGAAUGUUGCACUAUAUUUUUUCAUAGAUUGUUUAUUGCUUUAUCAGUGUGCAUAUAUGUGUUUGUAUAUCUGCAGUUUAGGCCUGAUGAUUUUAUGAUAUUAAAAAGUGUUUUUCCAUUAUGUAAAAUCCCAAGCAGCCAAUAAAGGCUCCAGCACAUGAGUUUUAUUGUUACGGUACUGGGUCUCUGACCCAGUGUUUUUGUUGGUUUUAGUUAUGUUCUUUGUUUAUUGUAGUUCAUGUAUAGGUUUCCUGUUACUUUGCCUUCCCUAUGUCCCGUGUCUAGUUACCCUUGUCUCCAUGUUCCUUCUGCCUCCCCAGUGAGUUGCGUCUUUUGUCACUCCUGUCUCUCUGCUCCGUGUUCAGUUUGUUCAGUGUCAAGUCAGCGUCUUUGUGUUAUAUUUCCUGUUACUGUGACGUUCCCUUGUCUCAUGUCAGUGUUUGUGGUUUUGCUUUGGUCUUUUCAUGUUUGAUUACUCCCACCUGCACCUUGCUCUUGUGUCUCAUUCCCUCGUUAUCCCUCAGUGUAUUUAAGCCCUGUGUUUUCCUUGUUCUGUGUUGUGUUGUACGGUGUGUGUUUACCUGUGUGCACCUCUGUGUGCUUAGUUUAUUUUUCCAGUGUAGUUUUGUAUUGUUUCUCCCAGCCAGCAAAUAAAGCUGUGUUUUUUUGA